CUAAUUGUUAUGCUACAGAUUGUUGAGUGCUGACACCUAUUGAGAUAGAUCAUGCCACCUGUGGAUGGGCAGCAGCUGAUGCAGGGUGGGCCACAGCCAGUGUCUGGGGGCCAGGGCACCAUUCCCUUGGGGACACUGAUAGACUAUAUAGUGCAAAGAACGUACCAUGAACUCACUGUACUAUCAGAGCUGCUUCCUCGUAAAACAGACAUGGAAAGGAAGAUUGAGAUUGUGCAGUUCGCUGGGAGGACGCGUCAAUUGUUUAUUCGACUUCUUGCCUUAGUAAAAUGGGCAAGUAUGGCAGGAAAAGUUGAUAAAUGUGGUGUCAUCUCUGAUUUUUUGGAUCGCCAAGCAAUGUUUUUUGUUGAGACGGCAGACAUGUUAGCCAAGAUGGCGCGUGAAACAUUGGUCCAUGCCCGUCUACCCAACUUCUCGCUUCCAUGUGCUAUUGAUGUGUUGACCACUGGAUCAUACCCGAGGCUGCCAAAUUGCAUCAGAGAUAAGAUUGUGCCACCUGAUGGAAUCACACCAAAAGAGAAACGAGAGACUCUACUGAGGCUAAAUCAGAUCAUACAGCAUAGAUUGGUCACGACAGAUAUGCCAGAGCAGUUUAACCAACUGAAAAUAGAAAAUGGAAGGGUAACAUUCAUUGUCCAACAUGAGUUUGAAGCAUCACUGACUUUGAUGGGGGACAGUUCAACAAUACCAUGGAGACUACUAGACAUUGAUAUACUGGUGCUAGACCAGGAGACUGGAGAUGGUAAAGCUCUGGUGCACUCCCUUCAGGUUAACUACAUACAUCAGCUUGUUCAGUCUCGACUGCUAUGCAAUGAUAAACCUCUACAUGAUCUCUAUAAUUGCCUCCACUCAUUCUGCCAGUCUCUACAAUUAGAAGUACUCCAUUCACAGGCACAGAGGUUGAUAGUUGAGCGCCUAGGGGACCAUGUGAGAGUUGAAGACUACAUGGCAGGGAAAUGUUUGGUUCUGUCAUACUGGAGAGACCCUGUCAAGCUAAGAGAGAUCCCCACUACAGACACUGAUACCCAGAAAUAUUACAAAGUAUCUGUACAUAUUAAUGACCUGAAUCCUGCCAAGCCUUUACAAGUGACACAUACCCCUGAACUUAGCAAAGAGGAUACCAGCAAAGUGGGAAGAGCAAUUAAGAGUAACCAACUGUCUAUUGAGAAGCUGCUAAUGCAAACCAUUCAAGUCCGUUCUGUAGCCAAGUUAAAGGAGCUACAAGAAGAGUUGGAGCCAUUGACUGAGACAGCAUGUGAGAUCAAAGAGAUCCCCUCUGUGCUUUAUGUGCCACUCUUAGAGCCAUGCAUGCAGGCAGAGAAUCUCUGCAUUUCUGUGGACAUCCUCAAAGGCAUCUUCCUACCAGCUAUUCCACAAUAUGGAAUGGAAAUCACUGAUGAUCUUGCAGAAGCACUAAAUGAGGAAUCAAAAGAUGUCACCACGUGUCUGUCAGAUUUACGCUGUCUUCUUGCUCUUAAGAGGUGUCGCAAAUCUGUGCAGCACUUACCUGUCACAUUGACAGAUCGACUCCCUAUUGUGAACAUGGCAGGCCAUCAGCUUGAGAAGCUUGGCAAACACAAGAUAUUCAUCAAGCUCUGCAGACAGGGGAACCAUUAUGUCGUGAUAGAUGUAAAGAAUCUGAAGACAUACAGAGUUGAAUUAUCAUACUAUCUGUUACAUACAUUGCCAUCAUCAUUUGAUUGUGACAUCACAUCUGAUGCUCUUGAUGAUAUCCCCAUGCCAUUUUUGCGAGCAGGUCACAUGAUAAAAUUGGAUGAGUUUAGCUGUGUUCAUGGUUCUGCGACUGUUCUCCAAGAGGAAGUAAAAGAAGAAAGGUCCUUGUUUACACGCAAACGUAAAGCCUUGUUUGGUGCUAUAGCUGAAAGUCAACCAAAAAAGACGAAAACAUCGCCAUAUUUGGUGCCUGAAGUGACGCAGAUCAUAACCAUGUGUGAAGAACGACUACCACUUCUCGCUUUAGAACAAGAGUUGAGUAGACAAGAUAUCAGCACACAGGGUAUCCAGGUGGAUUGUAAUGGGACCUGCUUGUCUCUCACUGUCUUAGAAUUACCGGAUUGUGUUGGUUGUAGCAAGGAGGUGUCUGAUGAAUUGAAAUCAGCAUUAUUGUCUUGCAAGUUCAGACUACAGAGAAAAAAUGCCAGGAUGUGGCUAGUGGAAUACAUUUUUACCAACACACCAAUCAUUGGAGUUCUUAACAGGGAUCAAGGAAUGGCUUUUAGAGUCUAUGGGGAUUCGCUUUUGACUCCAGAGACAAUGCAGAAGACAGUUCAGGAGUUAAUUGAUGAUUGGAAUAUGAUUGGUCGAUUGUAUGGUCCAGUUUUAGAAUUUGCUAGAUACUAUAAUGAGCCCAAGACAAAUAUGCAGAGCAUGUGUGAAGUGAGGAACUAUAACUACAGAAAGCUGAUUAUUGCAUAUGGUCCCAGUAAUUGUCAAACUAUUACAAUACUGUGGAAUCAUAAGGAGCAGAAAUUCACCCUUCAACUGGGUACAAUAGGUCCUGCCAUCUCCUCAAACCCUCAGCUACAAACAUUGCCCCAGCUUGAGAGAGACUUCAAUGACCACCAGAACAUAGCACAGCUUCUUCAGGUGCUACACGACACCUGGUCCCCGCUGACCUCUAUUGCCAAACUAAAUACCUUACCAGUUUUGGGGCUUAUUAACCGACCAAAUUUAGCAAUAGCAAGUUUCACAAUUUUGCCACAGUCAGCGACCCAUAUAAGGAUCUCUUUCCGCAAUCACUUCUGUAUUGACAUUAACUGCCGAGGGAGCAGGCUGGUGGCAAUUAGAGAUGGCGCCUAUAGUCUGUUUGACAGUGCAAAGGUUGUUGAUGGAUUUAAUCCUACACCAGGUCUUAAGGCAUUUCUCAACAUUUAUGUAGAUGACACCGCAACUGCAAGUUUGUCUCGACGCAGAUCUACAACUGAAGAUGACAACCCUCCUUCCCCUACAGGUAUUGAUAUAAUGGACUCGUUUAUGACAUCACAGUCUCAUAACACAGGAUCUCCAGCAAACAGAGCCCAGAAAGAUGCUCAGGGGUUGAGAUUCAACAGCCCAAAAACACCACCAAGUAAUCCACAUACGCCAGCCUCACCUAUUGCAUCAAAACUGGGCCAACCUGGAUACAGUUCCUCACCAGCAGCAGCUUUUCCCCUUUCCUCACCCCCUUCACUCUCAACAAUUGCCCCCUCUCCCAUGAUGAUGGCCCCCUCCCCAGGGUUUCUGCCCCAAGGGUCACCAGGGAACAUUCUACAUGAGCCCUCCCCAGGGUCAUUUAUUCCUGCCCCUAGUCCUAGUUCUCUAGGAAUUCACAUGCCCUCUCCAGCCAGCACAUUCAUCAGCCCACAUGGUAUGGUUGAAGGCAUGGGUGGUUCACCUCACCCCAAUCUCAUGAUGCCUUCUCCUGGGGGUGGCAAAUGGCCAGGCUCUCCAGCCUCUGUACCUAACCCCUCUCCCGCACCCAAGUACCCAGAGGCAUCUCCAGGUCCCCAUGGUGAACACUCUGGGCAAACAGUGUCGCGAAUUCUGCCUCAGCGAUCUUGGGCUGCAUCUAUUCCCACAUUGCUAUCUCACGAUGCCUUGAACAAAAUUUUGACCCCUGGGCCCCACCCUCUCCUCACUCCUGGGGUCAAACUACUUCCAUGCUGCCCCCUGGAAAGAUUCUUAGGAGGUGUCUAUUUACGCAAACAUAUGCAGCGAGUUGUACAGUCGGAAGAAAAUCUUCACAAUGUGCCCUCAGACCAAGCAGGUGUAAUACAAUUCAGGACAGAUACACUACAGUUCAGGCUUGCACUGAACCCUACAAACUUUCAGAUUCUCUCACUCAAAGCAACUCCAAGCCAAGAGUACGCUGAUCAAUGGAACCAGGAAGAUAUCCAGAUACUUGAGAAAUUCUUUGAAUUGAAGGUUGCCUGUCCUCCAUAUAAGGUCAACGUUCUCCUAGCAUUUAGCAGGCUGCUCACGGCACCAUAUAGGAUCUUGAAAGAUUGUAUCCAAAUCAUGAGGCUGGAGCUGUAUCCCGAUCGUGGUGUAAAGUGGGAGGUGAGAUGGUGUUUGACGAUUUCUCCUGGCUCACCCCCUCUGGCCCCUGCUGGCACCCCUGCUGUCAUGAUUAAAUCAAAGAUGCUCAUUAUGCUUCAGUUCACGCGGGUGGGUGUUGCAGUUCCCCCAGGCACAGACCCCCAAACAAUAGUUGUUCCAGUUUUAUAUGACAUAAACACAAACAUUACAACAGUUGCUGAGCCCAAGCCUGGCCAGAUAGGUGGCGCCACUUCCACACCAGCAACAAUGGCUGUUCAACAAAUGUUGAAAAGAUUCACAGACUUUCACCAGAAGCUUCCAGAUUGUUCUAUAUUCCCAGCAGUGAGAGAAAUAAUGAACAAUUUAGUCAUACCAAUGUAAUGGAAAUGCAUGAGCAAUGGAGUCUGUGAGAUUCAGUUGUCUUUAACUAUAUUGAUGUCGUAAUAUGAUUCAGGCAUUAGCAUUUUAUUGAUCAUAAUGCACAUUAUUUUUUUUAGAUUACAAACUGUCCUCAUAAUGAUUCUUGUGAACGAAAUGGAUAAAAUAAAAAAUC